CUUUCCAACUCCAUCCAUCCACCGCAAAAGGGCAAAUCCGUAAUCUCACACAACCCGCAUAUAACACCCUUUUAAACUUUCUCCAUUUCUCAACCUCUUUUCCCCCAAAACACACUCCCUCUCUCAUUUUCUCUCUCCUCCCAAAUAAACUCAAAUCAAAACCUCCAAAAUCACCCAAAAAAUGGCAUCAAAACUCCAAAAACUCACCAUCCUAACACUAAUGAUCCUCUGUUCCACACUUUCUCUCUCCUCAUCCACCAUGACAGUCCACGACCUCCUAAAGAAGAAAGGUUUACCGGCCGGUUUACUCCCUAAAGAAGUAAAAUCCUACGAAUUCAACGACCGAACCGGUUUACUAGAGGUCUUCAUCGACGGUCCAUGCUUAACAAAGUUCGAGAACCGGGUUCUCUUCGAAAGUGUCGUUAAGGCUAAUCUCACAUACGGUGAACUAAUGGGUGUUGAAGGUUUGUCACAGGAGGAGCUCUUCAUUUGGUUGCCUGUUAAAGAAAUCACAGUUUUUGAUCCUAAAUCUGGGAUCAUUUUGUUUGAUAUUGGUAUGGCUCAGAAACAGCUUUCUUUGUCACUUUUUGAAGAUCCCCCUAGUUGCAGACCUCAACAAGGGUUGAUAAACUAUAGUGGAAGGAAAGACAAAGGAUUUGCAGCUGAAAAAUGAAGAUAAAAAGAUUUGAUGAAACAAAUGUGAUGAAAAUCUUCCCCUUAUUUUCACACUGUGUGGUUUGAUUGAUGAUGAUAUUAAUUUGUGGUUAUGAUGAUCUAAAUGAGUGUGUGAAUUUGGGGGGUUUGUUAGAUAACUUGUAUAGAUCCGAAAUUUUGGUAUCCAAUUUUGAAUGUUUCAGAUUCCUAGA